AAGCAAACCGCUUGAUUUGUUUAAUCUUCAACAGAAACGCGAAAACGUAAACUUAAGGCAUUCAGUGCUAGAUCCAAACAUAUCAGUACUCUUUGAAAAAAAAUAUCGGUCAAGAGAUAUUUGGAAACGGACCUAAUGGGCCUCCUCUCCUUUUUCUAAUGUCAAGUUGCGAAACGACUCUCUGAAAGGAUUUGCGAAGAAGGUAUUACAUUUGAAUACUUGGAAGAAUUUCAAAGAAUCACAGUUAGAAUAGCAAUUACUGACUUCUGUAGUUCUGGAAUGAAGUCAAAGCAACACUGAAUCGCCUGUUCGAGACGCGGUUUUUGUACAGAAAUUCAUUGCACAAGCAAAGACAUGCCUGGAUAUGAAGUAAAAUUCACUGGACCGUUAGACAAGGCAUUUGAGUGUCCAAUUUGUCUGAUUGCACUUCGGGACCCAGUUCAAAUAACACCAUGCGGACAUCGUAUGUGUAACACUUGUUUGAAGCCGAUUUUAAGAAACAAGAGGCCUCGCUGCCCCCUUGAUAACCUGAACUUUGAUCCAUCAAAGGUUUUCCCAGAUAAUGGCUGCCACAGACAGAUUCUAAACUUACAGGUUCUUUGUUCAAACACAGAAAAGGGUUGUGAGUGGUCUGGGCCGCUCAGUGAAAUAGAGCGACAUCAGGACGUGUGUAGUUACGCUGAGGUAUCGUGUCCAAAACGUUGCGGAGUAUCAUUAGAAAGGAGAAGAGUAUCAGAACACAGUUCACAUGAAUGUAUUAACAGACUGACACCGUGCGCUCACUGUGGAAAUCAAGUUGUGUUCAACCUUAUGAGUUUACACCUUCAAACUUGUUCCUCGUUCCCUGUGUCUUGCCCAGCUAACUGUGGUGCAACUAAUCUGACCAAAGAAAAGUUGGUGGUUCAUAUGAACAAUGAAUGUCUCCUCAUUGAAGUACCAUGCAAAUUUGUCGAGGCAGGCUGCAAAUUUAAGGCGGAGAGAUAUAAAAUGAAAGAGCAUAUGUCCAGCAACAUGGAGUCUCAUUUGAGCGCUUUGAGUGAUUUGGUGAACGCUCAAAAGAAACAGCUAGAUAUCCAGAGAGAAAGAAUUCAGCUUCAAAAGGAACACAUUCAGCUUCAGAAAGAAACCAUGCUGCUACAAAAACAAGAAAUCAUCGACGCGCGAGGUCGAACUGCAAAUGGCGAGUUCAUCUGGAGAAUACCGGAUUUCAACCGGAAAUUGAUGGACGCCAAAUCCGGGCGCGCGCCCGAACCGAUGAUUAGCGAGCCUUUCUAUACCCACCCCCACGGGUAUAAAAUGUGUGCAGGGCUGUGGCUCAAUGGAGUUGGUACCGGGAGAGGUAGAUACAUAUCCGUGGGGCUUCAGGUUCAAGUAGGAGAGUACGACUCCAUACUCAAAUGGCCGAUACAUCCGCGGUAUACCUUCACUCUGCUUGAUCAGCGAGACGACUCCAAGGAGAGAAGAGACAUCACGGCGCACUUCGAGCCUCAGUGCAUCUCCCGACCGCGGGCCGACAGACAGCUCGGAAAGGGAGCGAGACGAUUCGUUCUUCAGGAUGAUAUAUGCGCCAUUAAUUAUUGUAAACAUGACACAAUUUUUCUCAAGUUUAAUGUAAUUCUAAAACA